UUUAAAACCUUUAUAUUAAUUCUCAAUAACUCGCAAAACCUACUUCCUUAAAGGUAAUGAUUCAAGAAAGCUAAAAACUACUCAAUGUGAAGAGCUUUUAAAAUUUGUUAACUAGGACUAAAAAGGUUAAUCUUUUCUUGUUUACAAUUCAUUUGAAGCUCUAAGAAAGCUCAAAUCUUGGCAAGAUUAAUUGCUUUGGAUAAGACCUUUUUAUGCUUUAAAGUAUAACCAAAUAUCUCCUUUAGUACAUGAUUUGACUUUAAAUGGUGCAGGCUUAGAUGUGUCUUCUUAAGAAGAAAUAAGGUAAGGCUUAUAAAUAGGUGUAAAUGCAAGAGAUAUUAUAUAUUCUAAUCCAGUAAAAGAAGAAAAGGACAUAAUUUAUGCUGCUAAAAAUAAUGUUCUUUACACUACAGCUGACUCUUUUAACGAAUUACUAAAAAUUUAAUAAUUAGCACCAAAUAUGAAGAUUUUAUGGAGAAUUUCUAUUCCUGUGGAUAAUAGUAAAGAGAUAUCAACAUCAUUUUUAAUAAAUUUGGAGAUGAUAUAUUAUCUAUUGAAAAUGCUAAGUAAAUGCUCAAAUACAUAGCCUAAGAAUUAUAGGUAAACCUUCAUGGAAUUUAUUUCCAUUUUGGAAGUAGUAAAAACGUAUCUAGUUCUUUAUUAAAAUCAGUCAAUAUGGCUAUAAAAUGCAUCGAAAUAGGCCGAUAAUAUGGACAUGAAAUGGAAAUAAUUGAUUUUGGUGGAGGGUAUCCUGCAGGAGAUUUAAACUCAGAUGUAAUUAAUACUCUUAAACUAACAUAAUAAAAUAAGUUAGGAUAUAAAGUUAUUGCAGAACCUGGAAGACAUUUUUCUUAGUAAACGUGCUAUUUAUUUACAAGAAUUCUUGCAAAAAGAAUUAAAUAAGGUAGGUUAUGCUAUUAUUUAAAUGAUUCUCUUUAUCAUUCAUUUAAUUGUAUUUUAAUGGAUGGAAAUACUUUUGAAAAUAAUAAUGAAUAAUUUUAUAACAUACUUGAUAAUGUAACUAAUUAAUAAUUUGGAAUUUACAAAGAAAAUAUGAUUGAAGGUUCUUUGUUUGGAAUGACUUGUGAUGGAUUAGAUGUAAUUGCUAGAAAUUUAAGUAUUCCUCAAGAUAUUAAUGUUGGAGAUUGGCUAUGUUUUAAUGGAAUGGGAAGUUAUACUUAUGGACCUAAAAGUAAGUUAAAUGGAAUGAAAAGCACAACAAGAAUUUUUUAAUGGAAUUCUGAUAUUAACUAAAAAUAAGAAGACUAAAAUUAAAUUGGUCGAUAUGAGUUCCAUUUUGUUUGGAAUCCAAUCCUAAUGUCAUGAUUGAA